UCUAUACCUGUAUCAUUUAUUGCACAUACUUCACCAUAUACAAAAGAACCGUGUGAAGUAUGGACAACAGUAUGGCUUGAUGAUCACUGCGUUUUAUCCGGCGGUGAAGACAGUACGCUGAAAUUAUGGGAUCUACGAAUGCACGACAAAAAGCCAGCUGCUGUGAAUCAGACGCAUCAAUGUGGUAUUGUUUCGCUGCAUGUUGAAAACGACUCGACAAGCAAUCGAAUUAUCAGUGGUUCUUAUGACGAGCACUUACGCCGUAUUGAUAUUCGAAAUUUCACUCAGCCAGUUUUAAGCAAAAAGGUCAAUUUUUCAAUUAUUGAAACACCUCAAAAAAAAUUUUGUAGCGAAGUGGCUAUUUCGCUGGUCAAAUAAGC